AUGGACGCCCAUGUAUCUAUGAAAGCCGAUUUCUACUCCCAGGAAAGAGAAGACGCCACAAUAGAAAUUGAUAUGGAACCGCUAAUCGAAACUCCAAACGUCGAAUACGAGAUGGGUGAUGGUGAAGACCUGCGUGAAGACGACGACCUCGUUGACGUCGAGGUAUAUGAUACGUCCCGAGCACUUUCCCCGUCCAUUCCUUCUACAGAGUCUGGCCAAGUAGCGCAACCUGCGCUUCAUCUUUCAGCUCAUCUUGAAGAGAACACAGAUAUCAACAAAGUUGUCACACCCGAGCCUCCUUCGCAUGCAUCGGCAUCGAACCUUUUUCUUCCAUUACAUGAAGUAGUCUCAGGCCGUGAAUUUGCCACUGAUCUCACUCUUCCCGGGAUCCAUGCACCUUCGGUAUUGGAACCAGCGACCUCGAGUGCGACCUUGCCUAAUGAGACAGAAAGCAGCGCUACAAACCACCACUUUGACCCAUACGCUCUGGCUGCCGAUCGUGAGGAUCCGCAUUCCGAAGAACAUGAAGUAGUGCAGAAGACCCUUCCCUCAUCUGAGCUUCUGGGACUAGCAGAAGAACCAGAGGCGGGCGUCUUACCUUCCACCUCUCCACCGCUUCCCAACACUGCCGAACACCAGGAAACACCUCAUGGGAACGCAGAAGAAGAGGGUUCAGUUGAUCGUAUUUCCGCCCAGUCAACCAGCGAUCCCCACGAAAUUUCUGAAGGAGUCUAUAUUGAUCCUCCUCCACCCGUUUUGUUGGCCAUGGCCUCAGAUGAAGUUUUCGAAUUCACCCUGUUCAACGAUCUGUCUAACGGGUCUCCCACUUCUGAGGUAAACAUUCAAAUGAAGGGCGUCCUUCUUCAACAUUUACCAACUCUUUAUUACGAACCUCUGUCCACUGUUUUUGAAACUCUACGGCAAGAGCAAUACGUACAGUCCAAGUUUCAUCUCGCAGAUUCUGAGCUUGUUCUCGAUGCCACUGAUUUAUCGUUACCUAUCAGCGAGGAUAACGCGUACUCAAGGGAAGUUACACUGCAUGACCUCAAUGUCCUUCAUGAUGCAUAUGGAAUUUCUGGGCCACUCAGAAUGAAAUUACAUAGUGUAACUCCUAGGUUUAUUACUCGAUAUCAAUAUCUACAAGAACACAUAGGUCAGCUCGAGCUUGGUCAGUUGACCACAGGCGUCGAUGGAAUAGUCAACGAGCAGGGGAAAUCAACAGAAUUUGUGUUUCAGAAGCCGGACUUGCUACCCGGUGGCCUGGAAACCGCGGACCCGACAGCAUUGCAACGUCCCAAAGAAGAUGCAAAAGAGGAGGCACUGACGGACGAUCUGGAUCACUCAGAAUUUGCCAAAGAACAUAGGACGUUUGAACCACGACCCGAAUACGAAGAUGAUGAAGAAGCAAGAGCUGAGGAAGUCGCCGAUGAUCUCGGCUACGGUCAUUCAGAAUCUGAGGCGUCAAAUGCUGACGGCGACGAGGCUCGACUUCCGCACGACACCACAAACAAUCAACAACCCGAUCCUUUACUAGGAGACGGGCAAGAAAAAGCGGAGCCCGAUUCAAGGGAGGAUCAUGGAUCAGACCCCUCGGUGAUUGAGCUGGACGUUCUUGAAGCCAAGUUCAGCAAUCAAACCUCGUUCAACGACACAAGAGACAAAGAGGCUUCAGAACAAAUCAGAAGCUCAAGCUCGAAGGCACAGUCCCGAGAGAAUGAAGACCCAGUAGGGGUGGACCCUGUGACCGACCAGAAGACAGAGGUCGGCGGGGGUCGAACGGAGCAAGUAGAAUAUCCUGACCAAGACGAAGUGGGUCCUGAAUGGCCCGAGUAUGACGAGCAAGGCCACGAGGAUAGUGAGGAGUCGGAAGAGCAUGAGGAUUCGGAAGAAUACAAUGACGAUGCCAGCGGGGAGGAAGAUCAAGCGGUUACACAACAGGACGAGGAGAGGGCACGUAACUAUUUCGCCCUUGAUCGUUUAGGAGCUGGAAGCGUGGACGAGGAAACAGUGGGUCGAGAAGGGAAUCCACUCGACUCUCCGCUGGAACAAGCCGCUGUAGCCACAGAGGCCGAGAGAGAUGUUUAUAACAAAUCGGGAAACGACGACCAGGGCACACCUUCAGCAGAUGCUGUUUCUUACCAAUCACCUGAACAAGCAGAGGGACAGACAGAUGUAGAUCCUGUUGGCGAUGCAGUGACUGAAGUUCCCUUCGAAUCUGUUCUGUUUGACGGAGAAGCUUGGGAUGAUGACCUCGACAGAGAAGGUGAUCUAGACGCAAGAUGGGAUGAAGACAACACGCCGUCAACAUCGAACCAGAGUUCGGUCACGCUUUCGAGUAAGACCUCUAAGAGAAGCUUUGACGAAUUUGAAUCGGAUGGCGAGGGAUUUAACGAAAAUCAUGUGUGGGAGGGCCCUAGUUCUCCCGUCAUGCCGCGCGAGUAUCAGUCACCACGGGUCAAGUUCAAGGCUAAGUAA